UCACACUUUGAAAAAGGUGUGUAUAUCCGAUGCUGAACUACACGGAGCUCCACGAAGCGCUCGGCUCAUUCAUUAUUGACGGCGUGGCGUCCUGUAGCAGCUUUGUAAAUGCUUUAAGCACAGGUUUCUGGUUUCCUUGUGCCACCUGACUGCUCUGGAUCCACCACGGAACCGAUUCUACGAAGUGUCCUGCGAGGUGGAACUGGACAUGUAGCUGCUCUCGUGGACCCAAACUGUCCGUAAUGACUUCCGAUGCUGCGGGACGGAUUCAGAUCAAUCGAGUGAAGCUGCUAAUAUCUGAUCGGCAGUAGUGAUGACGAUGAGCGGCCAUGCUGAGGAAGAGGAAGUGGCACGUCUGCUUGGCAGAAAGAGCCGAGGGGAGAAGCGCGUCUCGUUUCCUCCGGAUGAGGAGAUGGUUUCGGGAUUUGCCGAGAGCAAGGACGCACGGCAGGACGGCGACAGUCGAACCUUGACAGAUAUAAUUUUGGCCUACGAGCAGAGCUGCAUAAAGCACAAAGUCGCACCCGAUCCCAAGACACUGGACCAAAUAAAGGAAAUCACCUGCUUGAGUAACAGAGCCAGAUGCCUUGAUCUCCAGGGUGUUCGUUUGGAUUAUCGCUCGUGCGAGUCUCUGGAGGAGAUUCUGAAAUCUGUCCGGUUUAAUCUGAUUAACCUGCAGGGGGCGGAGCUCGAGGAAAAUGGAGCCUCGUCACUGAUGGAUAUGAUUUCGUACUACGAAUCAGCCACACAUCUGGAUGUGUCCUCUAAUACGAGUAUGGGAGUCUCGGGAUGGCAGGCCCUCUCACGUUUACUCAUACAGAGCGGAUGCUUGUGGAGGCUGGAUGCCUGUAACAUCCCCAUAGAGGAUUAUCCUGCACAGGCCCUGUCGAGAGCCCUCCUUAGCAGCAGACUGACAGUACUGCACCUUGAAAACACUGGACUGAGUGGAAAGCCGCUCUUCACACUCGUUUGCUCUCUAAAGAAGAACAUCGCUCUGCAGGAACUCUACCUGUGUGACAACGAGCUGAACAGCUUCCACGACUCCAUGCAGUUAGGAGAGCUUCUCAAAUACAACCGCACUCUCCGAACCCUCGACCUUAGCGAUAACGCCAUAUCUGACUCAGGUCUUGAGGAGCUCUGUGAUGGUCUGAGAGUUCAGAAGUCUGGUUUGAGAACAUUAGUGCUGCAUAACAACCAGAUUACUCACCGUGGCAUGACUCAUCUAGAAAGUGUUCUGCCUUUGUUGAGGACGCUGGAAGCGUUGGACCUUAGCGAUAACAACCUAGAGGACAGAGGGAUGCACACGCUGAAGGAGGCGCUCAUCAGUAAUCGCUCUAUUACACAACUCAGCCUGGCUUCAGUGGGAAUAACAUGUGAGGGUGCCGUGGUGCUGGCCGAGUUCCUGGCUGAGUCUCGGUUCCUCCAAACUCUGGAUGUGAGGCAGAACCUCGUCCUCACUGGAGGCCUGAUGGCUUUCGCUCUGGCCCUGAAGCUCAACCGCACUCUUGUUCAUUUAGACCUGGACCAAAAUCCCAAAGAGGAGAAGGACGAGUUUCUGAUUGAAACCCAGAAGAAUCUACUGAGCAGGAUCUCUGAUCUGUGUGCGGCGAAUGCUGCGGCGGCCUCGGAGACGGACCGGCGCUCUGCUACGCUUUUAACGCGUGACAACGACGACGGGAAAGAUAAUGACGGUGAAGCCGCAGCUCCCCAAGUCCCCACCCAAACACUUGCAAGCGUAGAAGAACAAUAAUUCCGUUGCAAAUAAUGCUAAACUCCAAAUCCACGUAAUAAAGCUGAAGCCUCUCUCCCUAAUGAAGCCCUGGCCUCCCUGCUGUUUCCAGCCUAAUGUUCCUGCCGAGGUUUUUUUUUUUUUUUUUUUUUUGUGCCACUUUCAGAAAAAGCAAUUUUUACGAGCCUGCUUCCAAAUGUGAAUGGCCUCGAAACAAACAGAAACCUUUUCGUUCUCUUGCGCUCUUUCAGUCUAGCUAGAUCACUUUAUUAGAGCGGUGUGUAGUCAAUCCUGUUUGCCAGGCUUCCACCUUCGAUAAUACUCGCUCGCUCAAAGAGAAAGACCAAAGUGUGUGAGUGUGUAUGAGUGUGCGUGAGUGUGUAUGAGUGUGUGCGUAAAUGUAGUAGAACACCGCAUAGUUUACAGAAAAACGACAUUUCUGUUCACUCGCUCGAGGAGAGAAAUGCGGCGCGUGGGAAGACGAACAUAUGUGAGGACGAGGAGGCCGCGGUUUACGUCUGCUCGUUUGUUCAGCUCGUAUCUGAGACUGCGAUUAGCGUGUUUAGCGGGUUACACUCCACGCUGAACGCCACUUUAAAGAAAGAAAUGAGCUCCACUGAAACUUGGAGCUGUGUGUAACUAUAAAACUAGGUAUUGUUUUUGGAAAAGGCGUUGUAUUUACUGAAUGUAACAGAACA